AUGGAAGCUUCAGAAUUAGUAAAUUUUAACAGGGUUUGUGAAACGGAUACACCAAAUUUGACGCCAGUGAAACCUAGACUAGGUAGAUUUGUGGAUGUUUAUUCACCUGAGCAUCUAAAUUUGACGCCGAAAACCAAACCUCAACUUGGUUUCGCUGAAAUAACUAAUGAAAACCACAACUUCCUUACUCCUGCAAAAACAUUGCAAUAUGACAAUAAAUGCAGGACUGCCAAAGUCCAGCCUAAACUACGAGAUGUAUGGAAUCACUCAUUUGAAGGCAAUCAAAGCUUCCCUCGUAUAAGACGCAAGAUACAUCCACUAAGAAUGGAUUUAGAGACUCCUACUAAAGUGAAACAAACAACUGACUUAGUAAGAGUUGAUGGUCCAAAUGGCCUCCGCUUCAACACUUCUUUAGCAGUAGGUGAUGUUGCUGGCUCACCAGCACAGUCCCAAACCGAACGCUUGCAGCAAUCCAUCAAUCCGAGCAAGGCUGUAUUUACCAUAGAGCCAAGUACUUUUAAGAUACUCAUAGUAAACAACAAAGCAUGCUCUCUUUUGGGCUAUUCAUCAGGAGAAUUGUGUGGUCUCCGCUUCUCUGAUCUUCUCCGCAACAGAAAUUGUAAGACCUUUAGUUUACAUGAACAAGAAGAUGGUGAUGCAUCUGAAGAUGGAACUAUUGUUUUACUUAGUGGCAAGGUGGUGGAACUUCUAACUAAAGAUGGAACAUCUGUGCAAGUCUCUUUGUGGAUAAGACAGUUGGACAAUGAUGGACCCUGCUUAGUUGUUGCAGAACCCGUCAGCUGCAAAAAUGUAGUGUUGACAGUGGAUGCAGAGACAGGUAUCAUUGUGUCUUGCGAUGGUGGCGAUGCCGCUCUACUGUUCCAAGCCGACUCGGCCGACAAGUUAAUCGGCUUACCCAUCGCCUCUCUCAUACCUUCUAUACAAUUGCCAACUUAUGAUGCACCCAUUCCAAAGAAUAUUUCCAAACAAAAGGCUACAGGUAGAACCUUAGACGGUGGUUCCUUUCCGCUCUGCCUGUGGAUAGCGAAAUCCACUAAUGUUGAAAGCUCACCUUGGUCAGGUAUAAAGAGCAACAGGGAGAGAUCUGUGUUUAUUGUGAAUGUUAGGGUAACAUUUAACGUGAGCGGUCUACUCGUCGUUGACGAAACUGGUAUCAUAACAGCGUGUAACCAACACUUCGCUAUGCUCACUUUCGGCAAAUCACUCACUGAUGUCAUCGGCCAUCACAUCAAUGACGUCAUUCCGAACUUCUGUCGGGAGUCAGACAUGGUUAAAGUGUCUGAUAGGAACAGAAAUAUGACUCUAUCACCUGUCAAUAAUGAGAACAGUGGAUCAGCUUCUGACACAGACGAAGAUUCUUGUGGAGCAUUUAAUGGUAGCCAGAAAUCUGCUUGUAUGUCUCUUAACGUCCAACAAUCUAUACAAUCCAUUUCUACGACAAGAGAGAAAUCGUCCAGUGCACUGUGCCUCGACAAAUCUUGCAGCCUGAUCACUCACACACCAACACCAACACAAGACAUGGUCUCAAGUAUUAGUACUACUGAACAGCGAAAUGACACUUCAGCACUUCCAGACAUGACGUCUGGAAUGUCUGGAAUAUCCAUAGACGAUGAAAACUAUUGUCAUAGUAGUAUCUCGAAGUCUCGAUCAGAAAACAUACUACGUUCAGAACAAAGUAGUAACCCUAGCAAACAAAUAUCUUCCAAACCGUCAGAAUCCAUUUACUACACGUCACAGCAUUCUCAAGAAAUAACACCUACCGGAAGUACACCUAGAGUACGUUUAAAUGAUCCAUCUUUACGGUUAUCCUUCGAUUCCAGUAAAUACAAAUCUUUGAAAGUGAACCAAACUAAAGAAGACAGAAGCAGUAUAUCAUUGGAUUUUUGUGAUUCGAAUGAAACUAGUGCUGACUUUCUUACGCCUAUUAACGAGAUGCCACUGCCUGGUUGCGAAAUUGAAGAUCUGCCGAAACAUAACGGGAACGAAAGUGUGGACAGUUUAAGUAACGACAUUGAUUUGGAGACCCAGACUGAAUCGGCGCCCAGGAAGAAAUUCGAAGACGAGGCGCCUGAGACUCCAUGCGUUGCGAAGAGGGCGUUGAGGAACCACGUGACGACGUCGACGCCGCAGCACAGCCGCGCGCUGGGCGGCCGGCCGGGCCACGAGUGCGCGCGCCCGCUCGGCGACGGCACCUACCGCGGCGUCGUGCUGCACAACGACGGCACCGAGCUCAACGUGGUGUACACGGUGUCGAGCAUGCAGCUGUGCGCGGGCAGCCGCGUGCGCUGCGUGUGGCUGGGCGUGCGGCUGGAGGACGCGCCGCGCCACACCACGCUCGCCUCCAGCCUCGCCUCCACCGCCGACAACUCGCUCGUGCUGGGCAAUAAAUCGGCUGGCAGUAGACCGCAGUCUAUGUCCUUGAUGAGCCAGUGUGGCGACGAACAAGUGGCUGGUGAAUACAGCAAACAUUACGUCACACUAAAACAAAUAGGCAAAGGAGCAUACGGCUGUGUCAAGAUGGCAUACCGUAGAUCAGAUCGACUUCUUACCGUCGCAAAAUUUAUCCUGAAGGAGAAAGUUGGCGUACAUUUCUGGGUGGAUGGACCUGAUGGACGAAAAGUUCCAUUAGAACUUAGUCUUCUAUUGACAUUGAAACAUCCUAAUAUUGUGAGCGUGGUGGAUGUGUUCGAAAACGACAAAUAUUUCCAGAUGGUGAUGGAAAAGCAUGGUGCUGGAAUGGAUUUGUUUGAAUUUAUUGAACGUAGGCCAAGACUAGAUGAGCCGCUUAUUAGUUAUAUUUUCAGACAGAUAGGUCAAGCGGUUGAAUACUUGCACUCGCUGAAUAUCCUGCACCGCGACAUCAAAGACGAGAACGUGAUCAUCGACAACAAGUUUCAUGUAAAGCUAAUCGACUUCGGCUCUGCCACCUUCAUGAGCCCCGACACUCUCUUCUCAACAUUCUACGGCACCACUGAGUACUGCAGCCCUGAAGUACUAGCUGGCAAUAAAUACGCCGGACCUGAGCUAGAAAUGUGGUCAAUGGGGAUAACACUUUAUGUGCUGACAUUUUUUGUUAAUCCAUUUUCCGACAUUGAAGACACUAUACAAGGACUUCUAGCAUUGCCGCAGAUUGUCUCUGAAGAUUUGGAGCAACUUCUUCGUUGGAUGUUGUGCAAGGAACCAGCACACAGAUGUACGGUAGCUCAACUCAUGUCACAUCCAUGGAUAAAACAACCUGUAGCCAUCACCAACUACAUAUUUCAUGAAAUUGUUGACUGUGAUCGACAUGAAUCAAACCCAGAUAUGUAUUACAGUGGUGGGAGCAUUGGUUCACCGAAAAGUGGGUCUCCUGUGUCGUUAGCCGAUCCUGUUCUUAAAGAACGUUCCAAUCCGUCAGAAGUAGCAAUCAAGUGGGAUCUGAAGAACGUAUCACGCGAGGAACCGAAGCGUAGUUCCCUCGCCCUGCACGCUCUCUCCACCGCCGACCGCGAUGCGCACUCUGACAACUACAGCCUACGAUCCUCCGCCGAUAUUUUAGACAUAUCAUCGAAACCGGUCUCGGACGCGGCGCUAACCGACAUCAGCUCGGACGCGACCGGGCACGCCGCCUGCGACAUCGACUGCGACUGCGACCACUACGACUGCGACAGCUGGGACGAGUGCGAGCAAGACAGCUUCUCUUAA